AUGAACGGUACACCCAAGAUCAUCGGUACGCACAAUGGUACCUUCCACUGCGACGAAGCUCUCGCCGUCUUUCUCCUCCGUCUCACGGGCACCUACCGUGACGCUGAGCUCAAGCGAACGCGCGACCCCAAGGUCCUUGACACCUGCGAUAUCGUCGUCGAUGUAGGCGCGGUGUAUGACGAGAGCAAGCAGAGGUUCGAUCAUCACCAGAGAGGCUUCGAGGAGGUGUUUGGUUAUGGGUUCGUGACGAAGUUGAGCAGUGCGGGAUUGGUGUAUAAGCACUUCGGUCGCGAGAUCAUUGCGAAUAGGCUCCAGGUAGCCCUUGAUGAUCCCAAGGUCGAGACCCUCUGGCUCAAGCUCUACAAGGAAUUCAUUGAGGCCAUCGACGGCGUCGACAAUGGCGUUACUCAAUACCCGAAGGACGUCUCGCCCAAGUAUCGCAACAGGACGGACUUGUCGUCCCGUGUUAGCUGGUUGAACCCCGCUUGGAACGAGUCCGUCGAUUCGGCCUCUGUCGAUGAACGGUUCGCCAAGGCCUCGAAGCUGACGGGUGAAGAGUUCUUGGGAAGGUUGGAUUACUAUGGCAAGGCGUGGUUGCCCGCUAGAGAUCUCGUGGUCAAAGCUCUGAACGAGAGGACGCAAUACCAUCCCAGCGGGAAGAUCAUCGUCUUCGAGCAGUUUGCUCCCUGGAAGGAACAUCUCUUCGAACUCGAGGCCGAACAGUCCAUCACGUCUUCUACGCCCUCUCAACCUAUCUAUAUCCUCUACCCCGACGAAACCGCCGGAAACUGGCGCAUCCAAGCCGUCCCCGUCUCGCCCGAAUCGUUCGAAUCGCGCAAAGCCCUUCCCGAAGUCUGGCGCGGCGUGAGGGACGACGAGCUGUCGAAGGUGACGGGUAUAGAGGGCGGUAUCUUCGUCCAUGCGAGUGGGUUUAUCGGUGGAAACCAAACCAGGGAAGGAGCCAUGGAAAUGGCGACGAAGGCGUUGGAGAUGUGA